UGCCUUCGAUUAGUAACUGGUGCAUAUCUCCUCCAAAUCACCAAGUGUUCCUUAAACCCCUCUGCAACUGCAAUGGAGUCGGUAGAAGCCACCGCCAACCAAACGCCCUGCUCGAUGGAGUGCGAAGAACCGAGCGAAUCCUCCUCAAAUGAUACAUCACCCACCGAAGAAAGCAUUACCACGGAUAGUGUUAGUUAUUACGCAAAUGCUAAAAAGUAUUGGUCCUCCGUGUCGCCGACCGUAGAAGGGAUGCUGGGCGGUUUCGGUAGCAUCUCCUUCAUCGAUAUCCGCGGGUCGGAACAGUUCCUGAAGCAUCUUUACAAGCAAAAGCCGGCCCCGGGCAAAAGCCGAGCGUUAGACUGUGGAGCCGGUAUCGGGCGCGUGACGCGAAAUUUGCUCGUUCCCGCCUUCGAACGUGUCGAUCUGGUUGAGCAGGAUGAAACCUUUUGCGAGACAGCCCGAACGGGCCUAGCGGAUUGCGCCCCUAAGCUGGGGACCGUGUUCAACGAAGGGCUGCAGAACUUUACACCGCAGGAGAAACACUACGACAUUAUCUGGUCCCAGUGGGUGCUCGGACACUUGACCGAUGAGGACGUUGUGCAGUUUUUGCUCCGCUGUGCGAAAGGACUGGCUCGAGGGGGCAUGGUGGUGGUGAAGGAAAACUUUACCUCCAGCGACGAGGUGGACAUCGACCGGGCGGACUCGUCCGUGACUCGGCCGCUGAUGUUGAUGAAGCAACUCUUGAAAAAAGCAAACAUGCGUGUCGUCAAGGAGCAACGGCAAACAAGCUUCCCCAAGCAGCUCUAUCCAGUGUACAUGCUAGCGCUGAAACCUGUAAUAAAGAAAUGACCAUUUCAUGGACCGUCGGUCAAAA